GCAGAUUUUUUGAAAGGAUUACCGGUCUACAACAAAAGCAACUUCAGCAGAUUCCAUGCGGAUUCUGUAUGUAAAGCAUCAAAUAGAAGACCCUCGGUAUAUCUUCCCACGAGAGAAUACCCGUCUGAACAAAUCAUAGUAACAGAAAAGACAAAUAUACUUUUGCGUUAUUUACAUCAGCAGUGGGACAAAAAGAACGCGGCGAAGAAGAGAGAUCAAGAGCAAGUGGAAAUAGAAGGUGAGAACUCGGCGCCGCCACGGAAAAUCGCUCGGACAGACAGCCAGGAUAUGAACGAGGACACUUAAACUCUCGGAUUUCUUCUCUACAACUUUGCAGGCGCUUCCCGUUUUGUCUCAAAGUGUGUAAAUUUUACCCCUCGCCCCCAUCUCUCACCCCUCCACUACGCAGCCCAAACCACUUCUGACUUCAUAGGAGCCAAUGUAUUUAUUUUUUAUUUUUCCCCUCCCCCUUCUCCAUUUUUUAUUUAUGCCGUAAAACUUACGGAGCAGUGGUGGAACAAUUCAGUAAACAAUGUAGUCUAACCUUAGUUCCUCCUUUCUAAAAAAUAUACACCGUCACUUUCACAGGUUUGGUUGAAUCUGUUAACCUACCCGAGCAGGUCUAGUGCAGGAGCCGGGGUAGGAGUCGUGGGUUCUCCCAGAACCCC